CUUUUGUAGAGCAAUUGUGUUGAUCAUCAUUAUUAUGCAACGUAGAGGCCGUUUCAAGUCGGCAUACCCCCCUUUUCUAUUGUGGAUAAUGCAGUUGUUAUUGGCUACAGCUGCUGAUGGUUCAUUCCGGCUGUCUGUGUUGCUAAUUUGACAGUCGCCCAUAAAGCAACCGCCGCAGCACACCGGCUUUAUUUUCUUUUUUUCUCUCACCCUUUCUCACACGUUCCCUAUCUCAGUCCGUCAUGGUGGAAUUAAGGAAACGCGCACCCAAAACCAUUGCAAAGACAACACCCGACAAGAAAGUCGUUACAAAGAUAGUAACAGCAAUAACAAAGGCACGUGCUACCAAGAAAGUGCUUCAAACCUUUGUCGCCAAGGACGACAAUGUCGAAUGUUGGUUGAUCAGCCUUUUUUUUCUUUUUGGAAUGACGUCGCAUUUUGGAUCAACUCAACGGUCGACUUUGUACUUUAUAGCAAUGAUACCCUUCCCCAAAACUGAGCAAGAAAAAAAAGAAUACAUCAAUCCCAAGACUGGACGACCGAUAACUGCUUUUCAGUACAAAGUGUUCGAUUUAUGCUCACAGAUUCCCCGCGGUCAUGUCUCAACCUAUAAAGCUAUAAGUGAUGCCCUUAAUGGAGGUCCGCGUGCAGUGGGACAGGCUAUGCGUAUCAACCCAUUCUGUCCUCUUCCAGUACCCUGCCAUCGAGUGAUUGCUAGCGAUCUUUCCAUUGGUGGGUUCAGUGGCGGUUGGGGCGAUUGCCAGUUCGUCGCUGAUAAGAAAGCCAAGCUCACUAAAGAGGGAUGUACGUUCAAUGAACAUUAUCAGUUUGUUUCCAAUGUUGAUGGUAGAAAGAUCAUCUUUUCGGACUUCAAGGUGUAAGCUGUAUACGUAAAAAAAAGCGCUGCUGAUGCUGUUUAGUACUUCAAUAUUAUAUGAUUAUUAUUACCAGAAACUAUAAAAGAAAAAUAAAAAUAUCUGAAAUGUAGUUUAAAUUACAAAAAAAAUAUUAGAAUAUCAGGUCUUCUUUCUCUAUACAUCGGAAGCAGCUGAUGCAAAAGAGUCAUUAUCACUGUUGUCAUCUAACCGCUGUUGCUUAUCCUG